AUGGAAGGGCCGCCGGGAGGCGUGGAGGCAGGGGCCCCGGGGCGGCUCUCCGCCGGGCGGCCCCCCGGCUCUGCUUUCCCGGUCGACCCCCACACUCCUCCUGAGCCCCUGCCCCUGCCUGACCUCACUGGGCCCUGUUCCUCGGAGACCUGCUUUGGGAGUCCCGGCUGCAGGCAGACCCUCGGCAGCCCCCAGUGGCCCCCGCCCCCUGUGGGACUUGCGUGGACCCCACCCCUCGAGAGCGACAGGCCUGCUGACUGGACGGGAUGUCCUGUCUGCGGUCAGGGCUACGGCAGAUCCGGCACCAUCUCUCCCAUCCUGGCGCUUUCCCGGCCUCCUUGUGACCAAGGCAACAGCCGUGUUGGACGGGCCCACGUGGCAAGACUGAGAGUGGCCUCUGGCCAACGGCCCACAGGGACCUGGGUCCCGCUGACAACCGCUGAGGAAGAUGAACUCCUUGAAAAAGACGUUCUCCAGCUCAGCAGAGACGAUGAGCUACUUUGCGGGAGCCCGACCAGGCACAGGCCUCCUUGUGCCGCCAGGCGAGGAGGAUGCGGUCCACGGCCUCCUGUGGCUGCUGUGACAAGUGACCGCACACGUGGUGGCUUAAAACAACAGAAGUCCUUCUUUCUCAGCUCUGGAGGCCAGACGCCCAAAGUCAGCGUGGUCUGGUGCCGGGCUGGGGCCAGGGUGUGGGCAGGGCCGUGCUCCCUCCCAGCCUCUGGGCCACCAUCAGUCCCCGCCUCUUCUGGCUGCCGGGCCUCCGGGGGUCCCUUGGCUUGUGGUCCCAUCAGUAUAGCCUCUGCUGCUGUGGUGACAUCACCCUCCACUUACCGCUUCUUACAGACGCGUGACAUUUACGGCCCGCCCAGGUAAUCCAGGGUCAUCGCCGCUUCUCGAGAUCCCUAAAGGGGUCGCGUUUGCAAAGGCUUUGCCAUGUGGGGUGAGCGUCCCAGGUCCCAGGGGUUAGAAGGUGCACACGCUGGGGGGCUAUCAUUCGGCCUAGAUU